AUGCGAAAUCUCAUCGGUGUUGAGCCAUUUGAUGCAGAGAUCUUGCGAAAAGCAGAGAAGCUAAGACAACAAAUAAGCGUACCCGUCGAGUUGGACUCUCCAUUUUUUCUGGCUCGUUUCCUGCGCGGGAAUCGAGGCGACGAGGAGUUGACUGCGAAAAGAUUAAUGGACUAUUUCACGCAUCGUCGGCUACUCGGCUAUGACAAAUUGGAUGAUAUGCAAGUUUUGCGAAAACAUCCAAUCACAAAGGCCACAUUCGAGCGCUUCUCAAUAUCGAAAAUGGAGCCGAGUCUUCGAUCGAAUAACUGUCAUGUACUCAUCCAGAAAAUGGAGGGAUCCGAUGUGAAAGAGAUUAUCAAAGUGAUUCCCUUAUCCUAUGUGCUUCAUAGCUAUUUCGCUUUGCAGGAAAUGUUCUGUCGAUGUAUAGCGAAAACUGAGAAUGAGACAGGUCGACCCUCAGCCGUCGUUUGUGUACUCGACUUGAAAGGUCUAGCUCUUGCUGAUUUUGCGAAUCCCCUUGGUGGACCAGCAAAGCUAGCACGUCUUGUUGUGAAAAUCUGGUCCGACUACUUCUCAGAAAAUAUGAUCAAAUUGGUGUUGAUCAACCCGCCUGGCUUAGUCUCACUUCUUUUCAAAAUCACCCGCUUGUUGAUGGACGAGGCAACUGUGCAAAGGCUGUCCAUUUUGCAAUCAUUAGACGAUUUACAUGCUCUACUCGAGCCACAGGUGAUCCCUCUAGUCUAUGGUGGGCAAUGGGUUGAUCGAUCGGGAUUCGCGGAUCCACCCGAAACUUGUGUCAAUCAACUCUUGCCCGUUCUUCAAUCAGAGCACCGAAAAGCUGAAGAGAUUUGGGCUGAAGAGGGCUACAUUUCUCCGCCACAAUCGAAAACUUUCACUGUCAAGGGCAGACAUAAACACGAUGUACACAAAAAAUGCACCCGUGAGGGAGAGCGAUUGAUUUGGCAAUUUGAUGCCUCAGCCGAUAUCGAUUUCGAGAUUCUUCGACUUGAGCCAAAAAGCGAAAAUGAGAAAAACGUUUGGCCACGAUUAACGCUAACAUCGCUAAAAGUCGCGGAGUUUGGAGCGCUCGAGUGCGGUGAGGCGGGCGAUUACGUUCUCCGCUUCUCCAAUCCAUCCGCCACCUGGUUUCCCGUCAAGAUCACUUUACUCGCUGAAAUCAAA